ACUUUGACAGCUUCACUUCCACUUCUCUCUAUAAAAUGGUUGCAGGAAUUAGGAACGCAUUAACUUGGUGCUUCCAGUUUCUUCUGAGCAACCAAAGACGUGCUGGCAACUCGCCGUCCCUCGCUUAACCUCUUGUUUCUUCCGUCUUCAUCAUCAAUAAUUAACAACAUGGAACUGGGAAACGUUGAAAAUUCGUCGACGUCGACGUUGAUGACGGAUUUCCUCAAAAAAUGUGGUGGCUAUGCUGUUGUUGACGGCGGCUUAGCCACCGAGCUCGAAGGACAUGGUGCUGACCUUAAUGACCCUCUCUGGAGUGCCAAAUGCCUCAUCAGUUCUCCUCACCUCGUUAGAAGGGUUCACCUAGAUUAUCUUGAUGCUGGUGCAAAUAUCAUACUAUCAGCAUCUUAUCAGGCUACUAUUCAGGGUUUUGUGGCUAAAGGCUUGUCUGUAGAAGAAGCUGAAUCAUUGCUUAGGAGAAGUGUUGAAAUUGCCUGUGAGGCAAGGGAAAUUUACUAUGACAAAAGUACCAAAGGUUCUUGGGAUUACAUUGAAAGUGGAAAUAUCUCUAGACGUCCUGUUUUAGUUGCAGCUUCCAUUGGCAGCUAUGGUGCUUAUUUGGCUGAUGGUUCCGAGUAUAGUGGGAAAUAUGGCGAUGCAGUUUCUCUAGAAACACUAAAGGAUUUUCACAGGAGAAGGUUACAGGUUCUACUCAAAUCAGGUGCUGACCUGAUUGCAUUUGAGACAAUUCCAAAUAAGCUUGAGGCAAAGGCUUAUGCUGAGCUUCUAGAGGAGGAAGGGAUAAAUAUUCCAGCAUGGUUCUCUUUCAAUUCCAAGGAUGGAAUUAAUGUGGUCAGUGGUGAUUCUAUACUGGAGUGUGCCUCUAUUGCAGAUUCAUGCAAACAAGUUGUUGCUGUUGGAAUCAACUGUACCCCUCCUAGAUUUAUCCAUGGACUCGUUCUCUCCAUCCGAAAGGCAACAAGUAAGCCAAUAGUCAUAUAUCCAAACAGCGGCGAGACAUACAAUGCUGAGCUUAAGCAGUGGACGAAAUCAAGUGGAGUGGUAGAUGAAGACUUUGUUUCAUACAUAAACAAGUGGCGUGAAGCGGGGGCUUCUCUUUUCGGAGGAUGCUGCAGGACUACCCCAAAUACCAUCAGAGCUAUAGGCAGUGUGCUCUCCAAAAAUCCUUAAAACUUCUUCAGGUGCUAAAACUGAGAUGCGAUCUCGUGAAGAUUAAGAAACCGGGAAUGAGAAUCUGAAAGCAUCUUUGUUCACCAAAAGCCUUGGAACCCAAUGUUACACUUUCGUGGGUACAUGUAACACUGUCUUCUCUGUGUAUCUCAAUUAAAUAAAUAAAAUUUCCUCCUUUUCUUUC